AUGUUGGGCAAAUCAGUGGUUCUUCACUUGCUAGUACUGCUGCUCUGUUUAAUUGUAACGACUGUCAGUGGUCGAUUGUAUCUAUUUCAGAAAAAUUGGGGGCCCCACGACGUCAAAUAUGGACAUUUUUCAGAAAAGGAACGAUUACGAAUGUUACAGAUGGUGAGAGAGAUGUUCAAUUUUGGUUAUGACAGUUACAUGAAAUAUGCCUUCCCCAAAGAUGAAUUGAACCCUCAUACCUGUCGUGGUCGUGGACCGGACUAUGACAAUCCAUCUAAUAUCAACAUAAAUGAUGUAUUAGGAGACUAUGCUUUGACACUUGUUGAUUCUUUGGACACACUUGCUAUUAUGGGUAACAACACAGAGUUCCAACGUGCUGUCAAAUUGGUUGUGGAAAGUGUCUCUUUUGAUAAAAACAAUACUGUACAAGUGUUUGAAGCUACCAUAAGGGUUCUGGGAGCUUUGCUGUCUGCUCACUUGAUCAUAACUGACCCCUUGCAGCCAUUUGGAGACAUGCGGAUGGAUGACUACCAGGAUGAACUUCUUCAUCUUUCUCACGAUCUUGCAUCCCGUCUUUUGCCAGCAUUUGAGGAUACAAUGACUGGAAUUCCUUACCCACGAAUAAAUUUAAGAAAAGGUGUCCCAGAAAACUGCCUGAAUGAGACUUGUACAUCUGGUGCUGGUACUCUUCUGCUGGAGUUUGGUGUACUCUCUCGUCUCCUUGAUGAUCCAAUAUAUGAAUCUGUGGCUCGUAGAGCAGUUAACUCUCUCUGGAAAUACAAAUCAAAUGUUACUGGCUUACUAGGUAAUGUAAUCAACAUCCAGACAGGUGAAUGGGUUGGCAUCAUGAGUGGUCUUGGCGCUGGGUUAGAUUCCUUUUAUGAAUAUUUGCUCAAGUCUUUUAUAAUGUUUGGUGGCACUGAAGACCUGAAGAGAUUCAAUGAAUCUUAUGAAACCAUAAAGUUUCAUAUGCGCAGAGGGAGACUUCACUGUAACAAAGGUCUUGGACAUCCUCCAUUAUAUGUUAAUGUCAACAUGAGAACAGGGGAUACAGUCAACAACUGGGUUGAUUCUCUACAAGCUGCAUGGUCAGCAGUUCAGGUUUUGAAUGGAGAUGUUGAAGAAGCAAUUUGUACCCAUGCUUUCUUCCAUGCAAUCUGGAAAAAGUAUGGAGUUCUCCCUGAGCGAUUCAAUUGGCAGUUUAAAGCUGCAGAUUUGCAUUUCUACCCUCUUCGCCCUGAGUUAGUUGAAUCAACCUACUUCCUAUACCAAGCCACCAAAAACCCGUUCUACCUCCAUGUUGGAAAAGAAAUAAUAAACAGCUUGAAUGCUCACACCAAGGCCAAAUGUGGCUAUGCAACAAUCCAUAAUGUUCAUCGAAUGGAUCAGGAAGAUCGAAUGGAAAGCUUCUUUCUUAGUGAAACUUGUAAAUAUUUAUAUUUGUUAUUUGACAAAGAUAACCAUUUAAAUAAAGAGGCCACAAAAUACUUAUUCAGUACAGAAGGACAUGUCUUCCCUAUCAAUGGAAAGUUUAGGCAGAAGAAAUACAAAGAAGAUAUUCCCAAACGAACACGUUUAAAAUCAUCUCUCAGUAUUGUAGGUUCUGCUCCUAAAAACCAUUCUAAGUGCACCAACAUUCCUCUGGAAUCGAGAUAUUUUCUUCCAGUAAAAAGUGUCUACCUUGAACAAAUAGAACAAGCAGUAGGACUACUUGACUCAAAAUAA